AUGGACUCAGACAGGAAAUCAAGCAGUGAGAAUUCUAGUGAAAAUGACCAAAGAGACAGAGAAGAAAGUGUUUGAUCAAACCCAGAUAUAGAGGUUUCCUCUAUAUAGCGCUAAAAGCGCAGACAUUUUCCCAGGAGCUUUCCAAGUUCGUCGGACCAAAUCGCUUUUUGGUCCGACCAAGGCAUUGAUUUGGUGCAACCUACCGAUAAAUUCCGAUCAGAAUUUAUCGGCCUUACAGCGCCAAACAUAGGAAACUUCUAUAGCUAUGUUGGCAGCAGAACCACUUCAGUCACAGAUCGCUCACAAUUAUCAAUUUCUCCAGCAAUAAAGCCGGGAAUAGACAGAAAUGCUUACAAAAAUCAAAAAUAUUGCAUCGUUUGUGAAAUUCAAGUAGCUAAACAUGGCGUAGUUCGUGCUAAAAGGUUUUCUUGCAAAUUUUGCUAUAAUGCGGUAUGCGGUAGCUGCUCUCCUUUGACUCUUUUGCACCCCGAAACAUUCAGACCAGAGAGGGUUUGCAUGAAUUGCUUCUAUUCUUUCAUCGAAGAGAAAUUUAAAAAUUCUGGGAAUGAAGAAUUCAAAAUUCGUCUUGAGUCGGAGAUUCAGGACAAAAAUAUGGAGAUUGCUAACUUCCCAUCAUUAGCAAACAAAACUAUUGGAAAAAUCUCUAUUUUUGGGAUAAAAGCCAAGAGCAAAAAUUUUUUUUAUUAUUAAAUUUUUUUUGUGAAAAGAUAUUUUGAUAGAUAAAUAGUAUAACGAAAUCUCUAUCUAAUUAUUUUUGAUUUUAAACACCCCUUAUUUUAAAAUAUAAAUUUUACAAAUAUAAUUAAUUUUUCGUUUUCCAAUUUUGAAAAAAAAAUUGCAUAAAAAAUUUUAUAUUAAAAGGUUUUAAAGCAAAAAUAAAUAAUUGUAGAGCAAACAAUUUUUUUUUGUUCUCAAGGAUGGGAGGGAAUAAGAAAAAACUUGCAGAAGUAAGAUGCGCUCAACUAGAGGAAGAUAUAGACUUAAAAGACCAAGAACUCAUAAAACUAAAAAUUGAGUUGGAAGAAGAGAAAAAGAGGGCUGAAAAAGCGAAUAAAGAAUUAAAUAGCAAUCAGCAUAAGGCUGAAAAAGAGAUAAAAGAUGAAAAGUUUAGCGAGCUUGAAAGAAAACUAAAUGAACUAAAAAUAGAAAACACAGAGCUUAAAAAGAAAUUGGAAAGCAUUUCUGCUCUGCAAGCAAGUCAGAAAAGUGGAGCUUGCUGCACUAUUCAAUAA